UGGUGGUCGUUCUCUCGAGGGCUAGAGUGAGAUCAUGUCCGGGGAAAUACCCAGCCUGACGACUGUACUAUUUCUCCCGCAUACCGGCCAUAAUGCGCAACCCACCCCAGGCAUCGUUAUAGCAACCCCCCUCAAAACAUUCAACCAACAGGCAAACAAUCAGAAUGAGACAGUAUCGAGAUACCCAGCCAGACCCAGGCCAAACAUCCGCAACGCUGCAACGGCCACCCCUCUUUGUCGCUCAGUUACCAUCCAGCAGCCAUGGCAGAAGGCAGAUUCAGAGGGUGUUGAUCGCGAAUAGAGGUGAAAUCGCAUGUCGAAUCAUCGCAACUUGUCGGAAACUAGAUCUAACAUCGAUCGCUAUCUACGCACAAGAAGACUCGUCUUCGCGCCAUGUUGCCGAGGCAGACGAGGCAGUCAAUCUGGGAAGCAUUAAUCAAACCGGAGGAAACCCAUUCUUGAAUAUCCCGCUUCUUGUUGAUGUUGCUCGAUCGCAGGGCGCUGAUGCCAUACAUCCAGGCUAUGGCUAUCUCAGCGAGAACAAAGAUUUCGCGGACGCCGUACGUCAAGCAGGAAUGAUCUUCAUUGGACCAAGUUCCCAGGCCAUGUCCACGCUGGGCGACAAACGCAAUUCAAAGGACUACUUGAGGAAACAUGCGCCCAGUGUUCCGCUCAUUCCAGGAUUCACAGGCUCAAGCCAGAACGUCAAAGAGUUGGAAUCCGCCGCAGAAAAGGUUGGGUUUCCGGUGAUGCUAAAGGCAUCUGCUGGAGGUGGAGGUCGCGGGAUGCGGAUUGUUCGAGAGCGUUCACAACUUGCGGGUGAGCUUGCUCGCGCACAGUCAGAGGCUCAGCGUUCUUUUGGAUCGAGCGACUGCAUUCUCGAGAAGUACAUCGAAGCGGCCAAACAUGUCGAAGUCCAGAUCAUUGGUGACAGCCAUGGCAAAGUCCUGUCGUUGUGGGAGAGAGAGUGCUCUGUUCAGCGACGGCACCAGAAGAUUAUCGAGGAGACGCCAUCCCCAUUUUUGACUCCCGAACAGAGGCAAAGAAUGUGCGCAGUCGCUGUCCAAAUAGGCGAACUCAUUGGGUACGAGGGUGCUGGUACCGUCGAGUUUGUUGUGGACGCCAGAGACGGAAGUUUCUACUUCCUCGAAGUCAACACGCGCCUGCAAGUUGAACACCCCAUCACAGAAGAGGUUACGGGCCUUGACGUUGUCUCGCUGCAAUUGUUUGUGGCCGCCGGUGGAUCCCUCGCCAGUCUGUCCGUUCUACAGCACAUUCCGCAAAAGGGCCACGCCAUCGAGUGUCGGCUCUGCGCAGAAGAUCCAAGCAGUGAUUUCAUGCCACAGAACGGCACCAUCCAACUGUGGCGGGAGUCAGACCAGUAUCCAUCGUCAAGAGACGUACGAUACGAGACCUCUGUACAAACCGGAUCCACCAUAUCCAUUUACUUUGAUUCGAUGAUCGCCAAAAUCGUGGUGUGGGCGCCGACAAGAUCCAUGGCAAUCUCGAAAAUGGUCAAGGUUUUGGCAAAUACGGUGUGCGCAGGAGUGAAAACCAACCAGCUUUUCCUCCAGGCCUGCCUUUUGCAUCAAAGCUUUCAUGACCCGGCUUAUACGACCUCGCUGAUUCCGACGCAUGUGCAGAGUCUGCUGAAAAAUCCCUACACUGAAUCUGUGCAAGACAUGAUCUCUAUGCUUUCUCUGGUUCCGGGUCUUGUGCUGAGGGGUGGAGCAUCUCCGCUGGCCGAUGCGAGGCCUUUCAAGCACGUCACUCGAGGCUUUAGAAACCAAUACUUUGACCCUGUCAAUCGCAGCACAACUGUAAUUGUUCCUUCAGAGCCCUCCUCCGCUCAGACACCCAUUUUGUCAGUUUGGAGCGCCCACUCUCGCGGCGAGAGCGGCCACUCAAAAUACGAGGCCACAUUAGUCCCCAUCCCAACUGAUGAAAACGACCAGGCGCCGGACACCUCAAGCCGUGACCCCGAGGCCUACCAGAUAUCUCGGCAGUAUCAUGCCAUCAGCCACAAGCUCAGAGAUCCAUCUCUAGCCAACGCUCCACAGUACACCGUGGAAUUUACAAAGUGGAAGGACAUGCAAGAUCCGACUGGCGACAACGCAUGGAGAACCGCGUCAGUCGCCAUCUCCAUCAACCAAUCCAUCAUCCACGCCCACAUCGCAACAGACACACCUUCCAACCCCGCCUCCUCCACCGCCUCGUAUCAGACCGUCCUGUGCCAUUUCCGCGGGCUGGGCACGUGGGUGGAAUACAAGUGCUACAGCGUCCUCAACUACAUGGAGAGUCUACGACAAGCCGUUGGUGGUCGCGGCGGCUCUCUGGGAGGUUCAAACUCCAAGGUCAUCAAAUCCCCCAUGCCGUGCAAAGUCCUCUCGGUGCUCAAAGCCAACGGAGAACAAGUCAAGGCCGGCGAAGUGGUCAUGGUCAUUGAGAGUAUGAAGAUGGAGACGAACAUCUGCAUCAAUGUGGACGGCAAGUUCAUGACGGGAGUCAAGAACGGGGAUGCCGUGAAUGAUGGCGCUGUGUUGUGCUGGGUUGAAUAGAAGCGGGAUAUUAUACAGUAGAUAGACCAUGUAUAUAGAGAAAAAUCCCCUUGAUUGAAUCGAGG